UUCCCCUUCAUCUCUGCUUCAUUGUUACUCCUCAUUCUCUCUACCCCUACCUUCUCUACUACAAUUCAUCCCUUUACAGAUCUCUGUAUCGCCUGAAUCCACUCACAAUUUCCCCCCAAUCAUGGUAAGUUGGCCCUGCGUGACCUCAAGGGUCUGAGCUGAGCAAGCAUGCUGACCGAACCGUUUUUACCAGAGUUCUCCCUUCGAUAUCAGUGCGUACCCUCGAUAAUCUACAUUUCGAAAAUCUGUACAUUGACUGACCCUCCGCUGCGCAGAUGGCGGUGCCUGCGUCGCCAUGGUGGGCAAGGACUGCGUUGCCAUCGCCUGCGAUCUCCGCCUGGGCAUGCAGGCCUUGACCGUCUCCAACAACUUCCCCAAGAUUUUCAACUACGGCCCUUCGACCUUCCUCGGCUUGACGGGUCUGGCGACCGAUGUGGCGACCGUGUCCGACCUUUUCCGCUUCAAAGUGAACAUGUACCGUCUUCGCGAGGAGCGGAACAUCGCGCCCCAGACCCUGGCCAACCUGGUCAGCUCGUCGUUGUACGAGAAGCGUUUCGGUCCUUUCUUCGUCAGCCCCGUCAUUGCCGGCAUCAACAGCACAACGGGCAAGCCCUUCAUCUGCGGGUUCGACAGCAUUGGGUGUAUCGAUUUCGCCAAGGACUUCAUUGUGAGCGGAACCGCAAGUGAUCAACUGUUCGGUACUUGCGAGGGUCUGUGGGAGCCGGACUUGGCUCCGGAGGACCUGUUCGAGACCAUCUCCCAAGCCCUUCUCAGUGCGGUCGACCGUGACGCUCUUUCCGGUUGGGGUGCCCAGGUUUACAUAAUAGAGAAAGAUAAGGUUACCAAGAGACUAUUGAAGGGAAGGCAGGAUUAGACGAGAUAAUUACUUGGAUCAUGAAUUUGUGUUAUUUUCCCCCCUUGCGGCACUUAUGCUCAUUGUUCUGCUCUCUAAUAUGACGCUUCCAUCCAUCCUCCCUCCCCAUCUAGGUGCCAUCAAUAUUGCCGAGGCAAGGCUGAGAGUGUAUGGGGAUCCAGGCAAUGACACGCAUAUCCUAGGUGCUUGCGGUCUAGCCGCGAUCAACUCAUCUUGCAGAAAUUGCGCUACAUGGUAUUGCUCAGGUACCGGCUUCUAGUACCAGAAGAUAGGCGUGUGAUUCGAGCAACUCCCGACUCUGGUGCGUCGGUACUCACUCCCGAGGUCAGCCACUGCUCC